UAGUCUGUCAAUAAAUCCUUGAAGAAGAGUAAGACAUUUUAAGAAGAAGUUGAUGUUUGGACGGAUGCAGAAAGUCAUAUCCAAACAGUUAUUUAAGUCUUUGACACAACUUUUCUUAUUACGGAAUUCAAGAACAGUCACUUCUAAAAUGUCUUUCCAGUACCCAAAUGCUUACCGUGACGAGGCAGUUAUGGAUGACUACCAUGGCAAUAAGAUUCCAGACCCGUACAGUUGGCUGGAAGACCCAGACAGCGAAAAGACGCAGGCUUUUGUCAAUGCUCAGAACCAGCUGACACUGCCCUACUUGGAGCGCUGUGAGGUGCGGGACCUGUUCAAGGAGCGCAUGACGGAGCUCUACGACUACCCCAAAUACAGCUGCCCCUUCAAGAGGGGGAGCAGGUAUUUCCACUUCUACAACACGGGUCUCCAGAACCAGAGUGUGAUGUAUGUUCAGGAGAGCCUGGAGGCAAAGCCCACUGUCUUUCUGGACCCAAACACUUUCUCUGAGGACGGGACUGUUGCUUUACAAGGCUAUGCGUUCUCAGAGGAUGGCGAAUACCUGGCGUAUGGUACCAGCGCCAGCGGCUCGGACUGGGUGGAGAUGCACUUCCUGCAGGUGGAGGGGGCUGUGGCCCUCAAGGACAAAUUAGAGAGGGUUAAGUUCAGCUGCAUGUCCUGGACCCACGACGGCAAGGGCCUCUUCUACAACUCCUACCCCAUGCAGGAGGGCAAGAGCGAUGGCACGGAGACGUCCACCAACCUACACCAGAAGCUCUACUUUCACGUGCUGGGGACCCCCCAGUCCCAGGACUGCCUAUGUGCUGAGUUCUCCGACCACCCCAAGUGGAUGAGCGGUGUCGAGGUGUCCGAUGACGGGCGCUAUGUGCUGCUGUCCAUCAGGGAGGGCUGUGACCCGGUCAACCGGUUGUGGUACUGCGACCUCCAAACCACUCCUCAGGGCAUCACAGGCCUGUUGCCGUGGGUGAAGCUGAUAGACAACUUUGAUGCGGAGUACGAGUACGUGACCAAUGAGGGCACGGUGUUCACCUUCAAGACCAACCUGGAGGCCCCGCGAUACCGCCUCAUCAACAUAAACUUUGCCCAGCCUGCCCAGGCCAACUGGAAGGAGCUUAUCCCCCAGCACGACAAGGACGUCAUCGUGUUUGCCACCUGUACCUACUCCAGCCUCCUGUUCGUGUGUUUCCUGCACGAUGUAAAGAACGUCCUGAAGAUGUACCGUCUGAGCUCGGGGGAGGAGCUCAGGACCUUCCCCCUGGACGUGGGCUCUGUGGUGGGCUUCACCGGACGCAAGAGGGACUCUGAGAUCUUCUACUACUUCACCUCCUUCCUCUCGCCAGCCGUUAUCUAUCACUGUGACCUGACCAAGGAGCCCCUGCAUCCCCACGUGUUCCGGGAAGUCACUGUCAAAGGCUUUGACCCCUCUGACUACCAGACCACUCAGGUAUUCUACCCCAGUAAGGAUGGCACAGAGAUCCCCAUGUUUAUUGUCCAUAAGAAGGGCCUGAAGCUGGACGGCUCUCACCCAGCCUUCCUCUACGGCUACGGAGGGUUCAACAUCUCCAUCACUCCCAGCUACAGUGUGUCGCGGCUGAUCUUCGUCCGACACAUGGGAGGAGUCCUGGCGGUAGCCAACAUCAGAGGAGGAGGGGAGUAUGGAGAGACCUGGCACAAAGCGGGCAUGCUGGCCAACAAGCAGAACUGCUUCACAGACUUCCAGUGUGCAGCAGAGUACCUCAUCAAGGAGGGCUACUCAUCCCCCUCCAAACUCACCAUCAACGGAGGGUCCAACGGGGGCCUGCUUGUAGCGGCGUGUGUGAACCAGAGGCCGGAGCUGUUUGGCUGUGCCGUGGCCCAGGUGGGCGUCAUGGACAUGCUCAAGUUCCACAAGUUCACUAUCGGCCACGCCUGGACCACCGACUUCGGCUGCUGCGAUGUCAAGGAACAGUUUGACUGGCUCAUCAAAUACUCCCCGCUGCACAACAUCCACGUUCCCGAGGGCGAGGGUGUCCAGUACCCCUCGGUCCUCCUCCUCACAGGUGACCACGAUGACCGCGUUGUUCCCCUGCACUCCCUCAAGUAUAUCGCCACACUGCAGCACGUGGUGGGCCGCUGGGCGGGCCAGAGUAACCCGCUGUUCAUCCACGUGGACACCAAGUCGGGCCACGGUGCCGGCAAGCCCACCAGCAAGGUCAUCCAGGAGGUGGCCGACACAUAUGCAUUCAUCGCCCGCUGCCUCAACAUCUCCUGGGUCAAAUGAGGUGGCGGAAGACCUCCGACACAUACGCCUUCAUCGCCCGCUGCCUCAACAUCUCCUGGGUCAAAUGAGGUGGUGGAAGACCUAAGUCCAUGGAGCGCUGUGGUUCUAGUUCCCCCUUCUCUCUUUCUUUGUGGAACUCUUCCUGAAAGUAUCUUAUUUCACUGGUUGUCUUUUUGUCUUUAUCACAAAGUUUAUAUUCAGCUGUUCCCCUCCUCUCAUCUUCUUUCUUUGUAUAUCUCUGACUUGAGCAGUAAUCAAUGUCAACACACUUUAACCUGUGUUUCUGGUCUGUUUCUCUCCCGCUCUGUUUCCCAAAUAUGUAUUAACCACCCCUCAAAACGUGUGCUUGUUUUGGGCAUGCACACCAAAAGUAUAGAGUUACCGCCCUGUCUCCAUCCUUCUAUCCCCAGUACCCUACCCCGCAGGCGCCAGCCCCGGCACAUAACCCCCCCCCCCCCCCC